AUGGGGGAGGUGGAGAUCUCGGCGCGGGCCUACGGGAAGAUGUGCCUGCAUGCCGCCCGCUACCCGCACGCCGCGGUCAACGGGCUGCUGCUGGCGCCGGCGCCGCGGUCGGGAGAAUGCCUGUGCCUCACCGACUGCGUGCCGCUCUUCCACAGCCACCUGGCGCUGUCCGUCAUGCUGGAGGUCGCCCUCCACCAGGUAGACGUGUGGGGCGCGCAGGCCGGCCUGGUACUGGCUGGGUACUACCAUGCCAAUGCGGCUCUCCAUGACCAAAGCCCUGGGCCCCUAGCCUUGAAAAUCGCUGGGCGGAUUGCAGAAUUCUUCCCUGAUGCAGUACUUAUUAUGUUGGAUAACCAGAAACUGGUGCCUCAGCCUCAUGUGCCCCCAGUCAUUGUUCUGGAGAACCAAGGUCUCUGCUGGGUCCCCAAGGACAAGAACUUAGUGAUGUGGAGGGACUGGGAAGAGUCACGACAGAUGGUGGGAGCACUCCUGGAGAGCCGGGCCCAGCAGCACCUUGUGGACUUUGACUGCCACCUUGACGAUAUCCGGCAGGACUGGACCAACCAGCAGCUCAACACCAAAAUCACUCAGUGGGUUGGUCCCACCAAUGGAAAUGCCUGA